AUGCGUACACUAGGUUUUCCUAAGCAAAUCUCUUUGGAGAGUUUCCGGACUCCCAAUUGGGAGCUAGUGGAGGAGUGUCUGCGCUGGUUAGCGGCGCGCGUGGAGCCUGACGCGGCGCUGCCCGGCAGCAGGCAUACUGCUGAGCAGCGCGUCGCCAUGGUUACGCACGCUGUUGCGCUAUUUCAUUCCCGUGCUAAUCUGAAAUUGAACGGAAAAAAGUUGUAUGGUGCUGAUGGGUGGGCAGUGCGAGAGCUGCUUAAGGUGGCCACCCUGCUACGGUCCGCCUUGGAAUCGCCGUCACCAGAUGAUCAGCAAGGAGAAGGUGGUGCCCUCAGCUACGACGUCACGAGCCGAUUGGGAGAGAUUAAGCAAGCUCGGGCCUUGGCAACAGAUAUCACUGCUCAAGGUGCGUUCUUAUACGACUUGCUGGCGAAGGAAGUCGAAAAUAAGGAGCUUCGCGAACAAGCAUUGUCGCGUCCUCUGGACAUGUCAGCAAUGGAAGCGGCCCUUCGUCGUGCAUUAGAUGCAGUCGCAGCUAAGGUGUCUUCUGCUCGCGAUCAGAUCGAUAACAUCGCUGCUAGCGAGGCAGCACUCGAUGCCAAGUUAGAGCGGCGAAGGGCCGAGCUGAUGAGAGCUGAGAAGCGACUGCAUACCGUGCAAAAAAUUAAGCCGGCAUACCAAGGUGAACUGACGGCGUUGGAAGCGGAAAUCUCUCAGUUAUGGGAACAGUAUGUGCUACGCUAUCGCUGUGUCGAAGCUCUCAAGCAUCAGCUUAGUAUGUUGGAAAGCGCGCAAGCUGAGGCGGCUGAAGAGCAGCAAGCUGCAAUAAUGCAACUAAUUCAUAAGUAUGAAGCUGAAGAUGUUUUGGGCAAGCUCAGUGACUCAGAUGACACGGCUUCCAGUGAUGAAGCGAAGGAUUUGGGCGAAGCAAAACAACCGCGUCCUGCGACCAGACCCAAGACGAGACUGCGCAUUAAAACUGCAGGCGUGGCGGCGGCGGAGGCGCGGCGCGCGUUCGGCAGCAUGGCGGCGGCGGCGGCGGCGGCGGCGCGGGACUCGCUCGACGAGAUACGGGACGAGGACGACUCGCACUCCGACUCGGACUUCUCCGAGCGACAGUUAUACGGUGAGCGACGGAGAGGUAUAAUACGCCGAUGGCGCCUCACGGUGACGUAGAAAAAAGGCGCCGCGGUUCGUGAUCGCUGUAGUUUCGCAAGGGCCAAUCGUGGGAUGGAUGACCAAAAAUUUUUAUCAGGAGCAACUCGGCGCUUCGGAAGGCAUGUUAAGCUUUUGUCCCGGCUGCAUUUGCAGGACGUUAAUACCCUCCAAUCCGCAUGGGCUAGCGUGGUGAGUCACGGCCUAUCGUCCUUAAUCAUCCAUAAGGAAGACCUGAGCCCCUUACAGUGGGGACGGAAAAGGGGUCAUUUUAAAAGUUCACACCUCGAAAGGAAGAAACAGAACCCUCAUAGGACCACUUUGUUGUUCGUCUGUCUCUUGAGACCUUUCAUUUCGGGAACGAACUGCAGUGUGUCUUCGUUUUUGGUAUACCUUAUAUGUAAUUCGCGUCUACAGGUCUAUAGGAAAGAUAUCCUCGUUUGCAUCGAUUAGGCUCCGAAACUACUGCAGUGAUUUCGAAAAUUCCUUUGCCUACGAGAAGCUACUUCGUACGCCCGUGGGUGAUAUACAUUAUAAUUUACGCGGGCAAAGUUGCGGGAUAACAACUACAUAGUAGCUAAGGGGCCGUUCAUUAAUCAUGUGAUGUUUUUUUAAUAUUUUUUUAACCCCACAUACUGACACCGCCCUUGGUGAGGUUCAAGAUUACUCCCCCUUCACCCAAAUCGCGUGCAUUUUUUGUACCUACAAAAAAAGACUUAAUUUUGACGUCGGAAAAAAUAAAUAAUCGUGAUAUACCUAUCACUACCCCCAUUUCCGAUAUUUUCGAUGAACCCUCUCACCACUUUCGAGCCUCACGUCAUUAAUGUACGUCCCCUAACAUAUAUAUGUGUAGGUGGCACGGAGAUACCGUCCCGCUGGUCCCGGGCCCGGCCCCGGCCCGCCACGCGCACGCUCGCCACCACCGACGACGACGACUUCAACGACCUCAUUGAAGGUUAUCAAUUACAUAUACCUAGUUGCAGUCAGUUAACAGCAAGCGCACCAAUUAUAUUGUGUUAUUUUGCCAAUGAUAAAAGAAACUCCUUAGGUACGGUUGCUCUGAAAAUAUUGCACUUUUGAAUACCGUGGACAUGGACUCGGGUUUAAAUAACAAAAGUGUUUUUGACGUGGAUACGUCUAUGUUUUCGUUCUACAGGGGGGUCAUUCUGUGAGCAGGAGUAUAUGCACUAACGCCAUCUAUUGGCUUAUAAGUGAACUAUGCUUGCUCUGCAGGGGGAGGGGCAUUCUGUCAGCAGGAGUAUAUGCACUAACGCCAUCUGUUGGCGCUAGUGAAUACUUUUUUCAUUCAACAAAUGAACGCAACGAAUAUUUAUUUAUUUAGUGUCUUCAAUUUGUUUAUUUAUUUUUUUAUCAAUUACUCAUAUAUCCAUUCAUACAUAGACGUAUCCACGCAUAAAAUAUGGCUGUAUCAAUGAUACAGCCAACCAGAGUUUUGUUUUACUGCAUUCUUAAGGUUCCAAUAAUUAAAGUUAAAAUAAUCUGUUUGCAUGGCUUGGCAUAGUUUGCUAUAUCCAUAAAACCAUGCAGACCUAUAGUUUAUGUAUAGAUGAAUCGAGCCGGAGCUCGGAGGAUGUGUUAAUUUUUACACCGAUACUGGUUUAG